AUGGCCUCAUCUGAUUCUCAGCUCCUCGCAUUCAUCGAUAGGCAAAAGCUGCUUCUAAAUCGAGAAAGAGAUGCUGAAGUUGAAAGGAGCUCACUUCUGCUCUCGAAUUGUGGACCCAGAUUACUGGAACAGAAGGGAUUGGCUCUUCUGGGACUUGGCAUACACGAAGUUAAGAUUGGUUUAGGUGGAAAGACGCUAAUUGAGCUCGAAAGGCCAUCUGCAUAUCAUACGAACCCCACUUUUCCUCCUCAUAACCUGAGAACAGGCGACCUUGCUCGAAUCGAAGCAAACAUCACUACGAAGUCAAAGAAACAAGCAUCCACAGAUACUAAGGACUCAACAGUGGAAGGCGUGGUAUACAAAGUCUCUGAUACGCGUAUCGUCCUCGCUGUGGAUAGUGAAGAUGAUCUUGGUCUUCCCGAACGCUGUCGUCUUGUGAAACUGGCGAACAGUGUUACUUAUGAUCGUAUGGAUCAUGCGAUUGAACAUCUUGAAAAAACUAUCAAAGGCGAAAAAGACUCUGAACUGACUCCAUUGAUCAAGGUGCUCAUGGGAAUGAUGCCUCCCUCUCCUCUAAACAAACUUGAAGAUAUCUCAUUUUUCGACGAAUCCCUCAAUCCCAGCCAGAAAGAAGCCAUAAGGUUCUGUCUGGAAUCACCUGAAGUGGCUUGUAUCCAUGGACCCCCGGGCACCGGAAAGACCCAUACUCUCAUCGAGAUUAUUCGCCAACUAGCCUCCACCUCCUCGAAACGGAUCCUGGUCUGUGGCGCCUCUAACCUUUCCGUAGACAACAUCCUUGAACGCCUUCUCGCUCUUCCUGUCUCUGAUAAAUCCCCACGUCUAAGGGUAACUCGUAUUGGACACCCAGCACGAGUCAUGACACACCAAGGUAUUCUAGAGGCUACGUUAGAUAUGAAGGCGGCCAGGACAGACCAAGCUGCGUUGGCGAAAGAUGUUAAAUCUGAACUAGAAACGACGCUGGCAUUAUUGUCCGGCAAGGGGAAGGGCGUGAAGGGGAAAGUCAAAGGCACAGAACGGAAAAAGCUAUGGGAAGAAGUAAAAGCAUUGCGGAAGGAGUAUAGAAAGCGCGAAGGAGGAAUUGUUAGCUCGGUACUUAAUGAAUCCCAGAUUGUGGUCGCUACAUGCCACUCGUCCGGCGGAAGGCAAUUACGGAACCAGGAAUUCGACGUCGUUAUCAUUGAUGAAGCAACUCAAGCCAUUGAAGCAGUAUGCUGGAUCCCGAUAUUCAAAGCAAAGAAACUCAUACUUGCUGGCGACCCUAUGCAACUUCCUCCCACUGUUCUCUCCUUGGACAAACGUAGGAAGCAACAGAGUAAAGGCGCAUCGGCUUCAAGUUCAAAAUCACAAACCAAGACAAGUAGUGGAAAGUCCAAGGUGAAACCCAAUUUGGCGAAGAAUGCGACGCCGAUACGCCCUUCUCCUUCUGAUUCUCGUAAAGAUGAGGAAAAUGCUGGCAAUGGUAGCGGCGAUGAUGUCAAGGGCGAGAUGGCGAUUGAAGAUAGCAAAUCACCAUCCACGCCUGAUUCCGGCACAGAAGAAGAAAGCGCUGGCAGUGGGAGCGACGAUGAUGCCAAGUCCAAGACCGUUGUUGCAAAUAACAAGCCACGAUCAAAAAUGUCUAUAUUGCGCCCUUCACGCAGUCUCGAAACGACCCUAUUCGACCGAUUGGAGUCGAUGUACGGAUCUGGCAUCAAGAGGAUGUUGAACGUUCAAUACCGGAUGCACAAUCAAAUCUGUACAUUUCCAUCCCGGACUCUAUACUCGAAUAAGUUGACUUCGCAUCCCUCUGUUGCAAAUCAUCUGCUGCUUGACUUGCCCGAGACUCAGUCCGCUAACACGUCGACAAAGGCAUCAGACGACGAGGAAACGCGGAAGGAGAUUCUCGGAACUCCGAUAACAUUCUUUGAUACUGCAGGGUGUGAAUACUUUGAGCGAUUAGAUGGAGAAAGCGGUGGGGAUAGUGACGAAGGAAGUCGAUGCAACGAAAAUGAGGCGACGGUUGUGAAGCAAUGGGUGGAAGGUCUGGUUGAAGCUGGCGUAGGUCCAGAACGUAUCGCAGUCAUUACUCCAUAUCAGGCGCAGGUGACGUUGUUGACGUCUUUUUUAAGACCCUUGUAUGGGACGCUACUAGAAAUCGGAACCGUCGACGGUAUGCAAGGUCGAGAAAAGGAUGCUGUGGUUAUCAGCCUUGUGAGAAGUAACGACAAGAGAGAAGUGGGAUUUUUGAAGGAAAAAAGACGUUUGAAUGUGGCUAUGACUCGAGCCAAGCGUCACCUUUGUGUAGUCGGAGAUUCGUCCACAGUUAUGCAUGGAGGAAGUUACUUGAAGAAAUGGCUGCGGUGGUUGGAUGAGAACGCUGACGUGCGCUACGCUGGGAUAGAUUAG